UUCCCAGAAUACUUGUAGUUGAAUUUUGGUCCGGUCUACGUUUUCUACUCCGCGGAAAGGAUAACCUUCUCUGGAUCCAAGAAAACUCCGCCCAAUUUCUCAAUUCUUCAUACCAGAUUUCUCCCGAAUCCCAUCAAGUUAUGUAAAUCCGCAAUUGAAUCAUACUCUGUCGCUGCAAAUCACCGGUAAAGUGAUUGGAGUAUACUCUUCGAAGCUCAGAGAUUGACGAUGGCUAGCAUGGAAAUCAGUCCGUAUAACAGUUUGGUUGCUGCAGUCUCGUAUGGGGUUGCAUCGAUGGCUAUGGUGUUCAUAAACAAGGCUGUGCUUAUGCAAUAUUCUCAGUCAAUGACGCUUCUCACUCUUCAGCAAUUAGCAUCAACUUUGCUGAUUUACUUCGCUAGGGUACUGGGAUACACUAAAGCCAAAGGAUUUAGCAUUGAGACUGCAAAAAGACUUUUCCUGGUUUCCUUGUUCUAUAAUGCGAAUGUGGCAUUUGCAUUAGCAAGCUUGAAAGGAGUCAAUAUUCCAAUGUAUAUUGCCAUCAAAAGGCUUACACCACUCGCUGUAUUAGUAGCUGGAUUCUUUGCGGGAAAGGCAAGACCUACCACUCAGGUCAUUCUUUCUGUAUUGACAACUGCUGCUGGAGUUCUUGUAGCAGCACUGGGAGACUUUUCAUUUGAUCUUUUCGGAUAUAGCAUGGCCUUUAUUUCCGUUUUCUUUCAGACCAUGUACCUUGUUUUAGUUGAAAGGUCAGGAGCAGAGGAUGGGCUUUCAUCAAUAGAGAUUAUGUUCUAUAACAGCAUUUUGUCUUUACCAUUUCUGCUAUUCCUUAUUAUAGCUACAGGAGAGUUUCCAGAUUCUUUGUCAAUAUUAUUUACAAAGAGCACUUCUAUAUCAUUCUUUGUCACACUCCUACUUUCACUGGUGAUGGGUAUAGUCUUAAAUUACACAAUGUUUUUAUGUACCGUAGUCAACUCUGCCUUAACUACCACAAUUGUUGGAGUGCUCAAGGGGGUCGGAUCCACGACCCUAGGCUUUGUGUUGUUGGGAGGAGUUCAAGUGCACGCAUUAAAUGUCACUGGCCUGGUGAUCAACACGGUUGGUGGCUUGUGGUAUACAUACGCGAAAUAUCAACAAAAGAAGAACAAGUUGCCCAAGACAAUGAAUGAUAUUGAAGCGCAUCGAAAAUAAUACUGACACAUUGAUUCUAAGAGGUUUUUAGCUUAUUUUUUUGCAACUAGUUUCUUGUUUUUUCCAGUCGGCCAUUUAUGCUACAGAAUUCGUAUACAAACAUUAUUGCAUAGUUUGUUAUAUGACAGCUUACUGCAUUCUCCAAUUUGCAGCUAUUUUUUGUUAGUC